UUUUUUUUUUUUACCCCCGCGUUUUCUUCAUAACUAUUAUUUUUUAUUCAGUUGUCUCCCCCAACUAUCACUUAUACUUCAAGACAGUGACUUAAAGGACAACGGACACCGGAAUAAAUCAUUCAAGUGUGUUUCAGUAAUAUUUUGGUGGUAGUUGGGGCGAAAAACCGAAUCAAAUUGACUCGAGUUAAUAUUGUAUCCAAAGAAAGAUAACUCUGAAUUUGUGAUGGACACGUAUGGUUGACAGAUGAUGAGAAAAGGUGUAUUAAGUUUGUUUUUCGUUUUUGCUGUUUUUAUUUUAACAGCAUAUAGUUCUGACGUCCGACUAGCCACCACUCCCGAUUUGAACCUGCUGUACACUGCAGACAAUCUUUUCAUGCAGAUAGUAGAACCUGAAGACAUAAGCUACAUUUACAAAGUUAGGCCAGCUAGAAACUUUGGUGGAGAGUUUGAAAAAAUUUACCAUCAUAUACCCCUUGUUGUUGCAAAUCCCUACAAUGGCUGUAGUAAACUGGACAAUGGACGGAGAGCUGACGGAGCAGUGGUGCUGAUACAGAGAGGAGACUGUUCCUUUGUAACCAAGACGAUCAAUGCAGAAAAUGCUGGAGCUGUAGCUGUGCUUAUAACUGACAACGAUGCUCAGAAUGAUGAGGCACAAAUUCACAUGAUUCAAGAUGGAACAGAGCGAGAAGUCAAAAUUCCCAGCCUCUUCCUACUGGGCAAGGAUGGGUACAUGAUAAAGGCCACAUUGGAAAAGUACCGAAUGGACAACGCCAUUGUCAACAUUCCUUUUAACAUGACGGGGAUGCCAACGAUGAUGAACAGUCAGCCUCCAUGGACACUGUGGUGAACUUGGUCCCGCCUCUUUCUCAGUCACCACUUCCUCGGUGACCAUAUCCUAAACCACCACGUCUUCAAUUUCCACGUCUGAAAUCACCACAUCUGUAGUCACUACAUCCUCAUUUCUUACGGACUCCAGUAACACUUUUCCACAUGAAACUAUCAUAAUUUACUGUCAUUAUUUAUGUUGAAAUUUACAUGAACAUGCAGAUAGAAUUGUGUAUACUACCAAUGUAAAUCAAAGGCACUCAACUUGUGGCCAAAACCCGUAAUGUAUUUACAGAGAUCGUUUCCUCAGACUUGUGUGUUCAGAAAGAUUUCUUGUAUAAAAGUAAAGGAAAUAUUAUUGUAAGUAUGAAACUACUUUAAAGUUUGAAGGAUGGAUGUAUAUUUAUAGAUUUUUCAUAUUUUUCAUUUCAGUUGAAACUUUACAUUAAUCACUGCAAUUGCAUACAAUUCAGGGGCAUUCACCACUGCUCAAAUUAUGUUUGUUGUUCAUUUAUAACUUAUUUCAACAUGACUAGUCUAUGCAAAACAUUUCAAAAGUAGUUUACUUCCUGAUCAAUGAAAUCCUGAUGUGUUGCUCUUAUGAACUAAAGAUAUAUGAUUUGUUGCCGUCAGAAUGAAAUUUGUAUAACACUAGAUCUACAUACAUGUAGUAUUAUAUGUCGUUUGUGGUGUAUACAUGUACCUUACAUUGACAAGUUGGUAAUAUUUACUUUUUGGAGGAGGAUGAAAAUUAACCUAGAAUGAAAACACCAAAAUUUCCAUUCCUAUGAAAAGAGAAAUUAUUAUAAAAUCCCCCCAAAGAAUGAAAUGACCAAUGUUUCAAACUAUUUUUAGCUCACCUGAGCUUAAGGCUCAAGUAAUUAAGCUUUUCUGAUCAAAACUUGUCGGCCAUCUGUAAACUGUUUGCAUUUGCUACUUCUCCUGAAGAACUACACGACUAAUUCCAAUCGAAUUUGCCAAACUUAUCUUUAGGUCAAAGGGUUUCAAGUUUGAGAAAAAUCUUCCAAAUAUUCCUGAUAUAUGGUAUCUGAUCCCAAAAUUAAUAUUUACACAUACAAUAUGUAUGAAUAAGAAAAAUGAGAAUGACUGCAUGUAUACUUGAUUUAGUUGAGUUAGUGCUGACACACAGAGUGCGGAUUUAUUUCUGGCACUAAGUUAUGAAAUUUUCUAUCACACAGUAUACUCCGACUAGCUUAAAUUGUGCUAAAUUUUAGAUAUGUUAAAAUAAGUACCAGUACACACACAGUAAAGAGUACAUGUGUGUUUUAUGGAUACUGGGGAGAGAGAAAAACUUGUUGCAAGGGAUUUUAUUAUAUACCUUAUACAUAAUCAUUAUUCUGUUUUUUUCUGUAGCCCAUUAAAUGGGCAAAUACAAAAAUGCCAUUUUGCAUGGAGCUCUGCAAUGUUGGGUCAGGAAAUUUCUAAUUUUUAAAAAAAAAAAAAUUGUAGAGUUACAUCAACAUUUUAAAAUUGAGAUUGCGAAUGAUGGUGAAUUUGUACCCUGGUGUUUAUUUUUUCUUUGCACUAUUCUGCUGCAGCAGUCAACUGUGAUUAAACUCGGGUGAAAGGGAUGCUUGUAUAUUACAGUAGUAUUUUAAUAGAUUUUUAUCAGGAACCAAUUGUCUUUCAUGUUUUUAAGAUAUACUAGUAUUGUUAUUCUAUGCAAGAUCAGAUGUACAUUAUAUAUAUUAUGUACCUAGCUAUUACUGUCAAAUUAGAUUAAAUUUUAUUGUAUAUUCAGACUUAUUUUAUGUACCUAGCUAUUACUGUCAAAUUAGAUUAAAUUUUAUCGUAUAUUCAGACUUAUUUUAAAUACUGCUAAGUUUGUAUUGGAAUUUGGACAGAUAUCUUGAUUUUCAGUUCAGCUUUGAAUCUAAGUUCUUGGAACUAAAGUAACUUUGUUGGGAGUCUUCCAUUGCAGAGUACUUUUUGAUGUUAGUACUUGUUCAUGCAAUACAUAUAUCUUAUGAAAGUGUUUGCCUCCUUCACACUAGUAUUUUUAGUGUUCUGUCCAAAUCUUUGCCAAUGUUCUUUUUUAUUCACCUUCCAUGGAGUGGUCUUCACAUUGUUUCCAUUCUGUUGUUAAAUAUAAUAAAUACUCAACAACAAAAAAA